AUGGCCUUUGAUGACGCGCCAUCGACAUCGCGCGCGGGUGAUGAGACGCGCGAAGCGAGUGAGGUGUUACGGGAAAUCGCGCGCAUGCGUCGCGAGCUCGAGGAGCAGCGCAACAAAACUCAAAAUGCGCCUCGUCCGCACCCGGAAGCGGGAACAUCGACCGCGCGUCCCGCGCAGCCAGCUUCGUCGGGCAUGCUAAGAGAGCUCGAGGAUCUACGACGCAUGCUGCAGGAGCAAGAAAGGACCAACCAGCGUCUUCUCCAAAGCGGUAUCGACGAGCGGCGCGUGAGGUCAUCGACCAGGCAUGCAUCCGCCUGGGACGAAUGGGGCGAUCUCAGCCGAAGCCAGGUCGCUGCUCGGCAUGUGGCGGCGGGAAAGUUGCCAAAAUUCUCCGGGAACCCCGAGGACUGGGGAAACUUCAAAUCGCGGUUCGAGACGUCGACGAGGAUGUGCGGCUACUCGGACGACGAGAACACGAUUCGGCUUCAGGAAAGUUUAUCGGGCCGUGCACUGAAAGCUGUACAAUGUCGGCUGUACAACCCCGAAAAUGUUCGUGAAGUGAUGGAAACGUUGGAAAGGAUGUUUGGUCAACCGGAGACGAUCAUAGGUAACAUCAUCCGGCAAAUAAGACAGGCUCCGGCGCCCAAGUUGGACCGUCUCCAGUCCGUGAUCGACUACGGUAUCGCCGUAGAAGAGUUGUGCGCGACCGUAAAGAACAGCGGAUUGCACGAGUACACCUAUAACGCUACACUGCUGCAGGAACUAGUGGAUCGCCUGCCACCAACGCUUCGCCUUGAGUGGGGUCGACGCAAGAUGACACUACCACACUCUGGCUCACUAAAACACUUCGGAGUCUGGAUGAAGGAAACCACGGAUGCCGCCAUUGCCGUUACCCCGCCAGUGCAAGCGGCGAACGGACGAGUGUUUGCUCACCAUGAGCCGAACGACGACGAUGACGGGCACUCAGACAGAUGCCCGAUGUGCGAGAAGCCCUCCUGUGAGAAAGGGCCUAGAUGCGACGCGUUCAUAUCCAAAAACAUCAACGACCGCUGGAACCUUGUACGCCUGCAUAAGCUCUGCAGAACUUGUUUGCACAAGCACAACGGCAAAUGCCGUAAGGACGACAAAUGCACUGUCGACGACUGUGGUCGAUUUCACCACACUUUACUUCACGACACCAGCGGUAAAGCGAACGCGCCCGUUCACACCCACACUAGCGAUCCGGACACAUUACUGCGUUACGCGCCGGUCAUUCUGCACGGGCAGAACGGAGCCACCGUACGAACGUAUGCGUUGCUGGAUGAGGGUUCAUCGGUCACGUUGAUGGAUCGUUCGUUGAUCGAUGAAUUAAUGUUGCACGGACAACCCAGUCCACUGUGCCUUAGCUGGACCGGGGACCUGUCGCGCAACGAAGAUGAUUCCGUAACGGUAACGGUUGGAAUUUCUGGCUCAAGCGAGAACGCAAAGGUGUACGAAAUACGACGAGCCCGCACCGUCAAGAAACUGAGCUUGCAAGAGCAAACCCUCGAAGCGGCAGUGCUGAGCAACGACUAUGAGCACCUCAGCGACGUGAAGGCGGAAAGUUACGAUAACGCACGUCCCCGGAUUCUGAUCGGGAUGGAUAACUAUCAUCUCACUUAUCCGCUCAAGGUUGCAGAAGGGAGAGUGGGCGAACCGAUCGCCACCAAAACCCGUCUUGGGUGGGUCAUCGGUGGCAGCCGUGAGUGCGUACUACCAUCCGAAGCGCCAUUAGCAAGCAACGUACACAACUGCCGCUGUGAGGAGUUCACCAUUGCAGCCGACGACGCUAUUCGGAGAUGCUUCACGGCGUUAGAUGAUUGCUACCAGCCGAAGGAGAAGUUGAUCUCCUCAGAGAACGCGAGGGCUCUGGCCAUCCUGCAGUCAUCCACGAAACUGAACGACACUCGAUUCGAAACUGCCCUGCUGUGGCGGUCUGACGACGUAAAAUUACCCAACAAUCGCGAGAUGGCGAUCAAAAGGCUCGAGUGCCUAGAACGAAGGAUGCAGCGAGACCCCCGGCUAGGUGAAGCAGUUAAGGAAAAGAUCAGGGACUAUCUAGCGAAGGGCUACGUGCGCAAGUGCACCCUCGAGGAGUUGCGCACGAAGGAACCGCUCCCUCGAAAAUGGUUCCUUCCAAUUUUCACCGUCACCAAUCCCAACAAGCCGGGAAAAGGAGGCUUUCAGCUACACAACUGGCUAUCGAACUCCGCUGCCUUUAUGUCCGCAUUCGACAAAGACUCUGGCACAGCACAACGAAAGGCAAUCGACGGGAGCCAGCACUCGAGUACGGACAAGAUCCUCGGCAUGUGGUGGGACCGAGACACCGACACCUUCGGGUUCAAACUAAACAGUCGCCGAAAAGAGGAGAUGCUGAGAGUACAAAAGCAACCCACGAAGCGGCAGCUGCUCAGCAUUCUGAUGAGCCUAUUUGAUCCCCUCGGUCUCAUCGCUGGAUAUCUGCUCUACCUGAAGAGCCGUACGCCGCGUUCGCAACAACUGCGCAUACUGCAUACUGAAAUCAAGAAUGCCCGAAAACCCUGA